AAAGAAAUUUCUGGGCAAAGCUGUUUGGCACAUGUUUCGCUCUGCCAUUUGCCGACUGCCACUCAGAAGCAAACCUCUCGGUCUUGGUUUAACCGCUCCAUUAUUAUUAUCAUGGCCAAUAUAUCACAGUAACCACCAUUGUUGGCCGGCCAGAAGAACUUUUUCUGUGGUCCAUCAGAAACACAAUUCAUCUACUUCUACAACUCAAACCUCCACUGAAUUUGGCAAAGACUCGGAAUCCCUUGAUCCAAUCGACCCAAAUUUAGUUUACAACGCUCCGCUCACGUCCACCUUCCGACGCUUGAAAAUAUUCUCUCUCGCUUCAUUCUCACUAUCAUGCUCCCUAGCACCGCUCAUCUUCAUUAUUGAAUCCCAGCUACCGUUCUUCGCAAGAACUUGUCUGGCUGGACUGGCUGUAGGAACAAGUGGUGUUAGCACUGGGCUCAUUGCUUGGGUUGGCAGACCAUACGUUACAACCCUUCGUCGAAUAGAUUCUAACGAUGGCGGUGCAAUGGGUCUCGAGUUCACCACUGCAAAUUGGAGGCUUCAAACUAGGAUAACGCGGGUCUACGACACAUCUUUCUUGACAAACACUGAUCGUCCAUUCGCAAAAUGGCAACUGGAUGACGAAUUGGUGCUCCCCUCAUCUACGACGCCGAGUUCAACCCCUUAUGCUAGGCCGAACUCUGAAGAGACUGUUGCCGAAACAUUCGACAGGUAUGGAAACGUACUCGGGAGCUGGGUUGUCACUUGGGGGUCCCAGAAAUCCGAGUCAGGCAAAGAGGAGAACAUUGUUGGGAAGUGCCGUGCGGUUGGACAUGUCAUAAAACACUUUCAAGUUCACGAGGAGCUAUUCGAGGUACAAUCCUAAUCCCAAUCUAUGGAUACAUGUUUUUCAUAUAUAUAUCGAAUAUAAGUCUGAUAUACUGCUACCCAUCUCUUCUUUUUUGGGUUGAAUCAAUCACGACAAGGUUGUAAGAAGAUACCCCUCGAUGGCAUGCUACCUCGGUCAAUCUUUCGAUGGUACAUAAUACGAUGGGCUUGCCACCUGAAGACGGACUUUUUUUUUCAUCCCACUAGUCCA